UACGACCGUUAGGGUUCAGAGCAUGGUGGGUCCGGAAAGAACUUUGCUCCAUUUUUCUCCUUCUCCCCGGAGAAAGCAGUGAUUCCAAAGUGAGAUAGGGAGAGCCCUCUCAACGGCUCCUCCCAUCUCCUUCUUCUACUCUAUUGGAAGGAGAACACACCAGCAAUGGAGAAUGAAGAGAACAAUGCUGAGUCAGGGUUGGAGAUUGUAGAGGAACCUGCUGCAAUCAAAUACUAUGGCUGGAAAACAAUGCCUUAUGUCAUAGGCAAUGAAACAUUUGAGAAGCUUGGGGGCAUUGCCACAGCAUCAAAUAUGCUUGUCUAUCUCACCACUGUCUUCCACAUCAAAAGCAUCCAUGCUGCAACGAUCCUUAAUGUUUUUAAUGGAACUACAAGCCUUGCUACUGUUCUUGGGGCCUUCAUCUCGGACGCCUUCUUAGGACGCUACAAAACCUUGGGUUUUGCUUCUGUAGUUACACUUUUGGGUAUGUUUGUCAUCAUGAUCACUGCUGCAAUCCCAGCUCUGCAUCCACCUUCCUGUGUACAAGGAACAACUUGUUCAGGUCCUACAACAAUGCAGCUUGCUAUGCUUGCUCUCAGCUUUCUAUUUCUAGUGAUCGGAGCGGGCGGUAUCAGGCCCUGCAAUCUUGCCUUCGGUGCUGACCAGUUUAAUCCAAAAACUGAAUCUGGAAAGAAAGGAAUUAGCAGCUUCUUCAACUGGUAUUAUUUUACCUUCACCAUUGCAGUCAUGAUCUCCUCGACAUUCAUAAUCUAUAUUCAGAGCAAUGUGAGCUGGACACUGGGCUUGGCUAUCCCUGCCAUCAUGAUGCUCAUCUCUUGCAUCUUCUUCUUCCUUGGCACGAGAAUUUAUGUCAAGGUGAAGCCUGAAGGGAGCCCUUUUAUUAGCUUUGCUCAGGUUCUAGUGGCAGCACUCAGGAAGCGGCGUUGGCAAUUAUCAGAUGAUCCAAAGCAGUCUCUCUUCAGUCCUCCUCAUUUCAGCUCUCUCAUCUCCAAGCUUCCACAUACUAAUCAGUUCAGAUGGCUUGACAAGGCUGCAAUCAUAACAAACUCAGAUGAAAUCAAAAUAGACUCAGCUGCGGCGAAUCAAUGGCGAUUAUGUAGCAUCCAGCAGAUUGAAGAGGUGAAAUGCCUCCUAAGAAUAGCUCCAAUUUGGUCCACAGGCAUCCUAUACUACAUCGGCAUGGCACAGCAAUCAACAUAUGUUGUUCUCCAAGCAAUGCAAUCUAACCGUCACAUCGGAAACAAAAAUUUUGAGAUUCCGGCCGGCUCCUUCUCCAUCUUUUCCCUUCUCGCUCUCUCCAUAUGGUUACCGAUCUACGAUAGUAUGGUCAUCCCAUGGCUAAGAAAAAUCACCAAAAAGGAAGAAGGCAUCACACUUCUACAAAGAAUGGGAGUUGGAAUGGUGAUUUCCAUAAUGGCAAUGAUUGUUUCAGGAAUGGUUGAAGAGAGGAGGAGAAACACUGCUCUUCAUCAACCAACUAUUGGAAUCUCAGUAAGUGGUGGAGCCAUUUCAUCCUUCUCUAGCCUUUGGUUGGUUCCUCAGCUCAUGCUUUCAGGCCUGGCUGAGGCAUUCAACACAAUUGGGCAAAUGCAAUUCUACUACAAUGAGUUCCCUGAACACAUGAGGAGUGUUGCAGGUUGUUUGUUCUUCUGCAACGUGGCGCUUUCAAAUUACUUGAGUGGAUUUCUGGUGACGAUUAUAAAUCGAGCUGGUGGCGACGAUGGGAGUUGGCUGGCUGGGGAUCUUAACAAAGGGAGGUUGGAGAAUUUCUACUAUCUAAUUGCUGGGAUUGGAAUUGUGAACUACAUGUACUUCCUUAUUGGUUCCAGGUGGUACAAAUACAAAGGAUCUGAGAUUUCCCAGAAAGUAAGUAGCUCUGAGUGUCAACCAAUUUAACACAUUGAUUUAAGCUAAACAGGUGGAUUUCAUUUUGGUUUUUUAAUGGAAUUUCGAGACUACAUUUAUCUAUAUGAUAUGCAAUCAUUUCAGUUGCAUACUAAACAGUUUUGGAGUAUUAUUUCAUCAUAGUCAUGUGGAAAAGAUAUUGAUAUGGGAAGAACUGAUCUGUGUUACAUUAUUAUACCUUAUAAUUAUUAAUUGGAUAUUACACCUCUCAAUGAAUACAUCUUCCAUAUAACAAAUGGAUAAUUUGCAUGAAAUUUUCAUAAAAAAUUAUAUUUGGUCUUUUCCUGAUACAAAUUAUGUUAGAAUUGGCUUAAAAAUUACAAAAAUUUUAUUCUUUUAUGAAGAAUUUGCAAUACACAAAUCUUAAUACAAAUCUAGUAAUUUUCAAGGUCAGUUUGAUAUAAUUUAUUUGACAACAAUUUGAUAUAAUAGUCUUGCUUGUUUUAGAGUUUACUUAGUAAUGAGUAGCUUGGUUCAAUGGAAGUUUUGGUGUAAAAUAAAUUGUUUAAACAUAAAAUUAUAUAUAUAAUUCGGAAUAAAGUUGAUGAAAUUAAAUUAAUUUACUUUAUAUUUUUUCACAAAACAAGGCUGAAGU